AUGAAGGCAGAGAAACUAUCAAGGAGCAAUGAAGUGUCCAAUGUGAUUUUCAAUUUUUCUGUAAGGACUGCGACUAUGCAGACACCACAGUUUUUGGGUCUGCCACAGGGAGCAUGGUUUCAAGAUGGUGGGUUCGAGACUGUUGGAGAAGGAGUUGUUAUAGGGUUUGUUGAUAACUUUUGCGUUGUUAGACAUGACUUUUUGAUGACGAAAAAGGAAUGGGGGAACUCCAUUACUCUCUUCUUCUGUUGGUACUCAUCGUUCUUUGCUUCACUUUCCUCUCGCUACUCAUCCUCUCAAGACACCAGUGCUGGAUAUUGGAUCGAACAUGGCUAUCGCAUCAUAGGAGCCUUUGGUUAUAGGAAUUUUGGCAGCUGCAACAAAGUUUAUGCAAAUACUUAUAGCAUCAGAGUGGCAGAAUCUCUAGCCUUAAGAUGGUGUGUUGAAGUCAUAAAAACAAGAUUGAGGUUCCAGAAUAGGAAGGCUAGGUGGAAGACCAAGCAGUUGGAGAAGGACUAUGAUCUUCUCAAAAGACAAUAUGAUGCUAUCAAGGCAGAUAAUGAUGCACUUCAAGCUCAGAACAAAAAACUUCAAACUGAGAUAUUGGCACUGAAAAGCAGAGAACCAACUGAAUCCAUCAACCUCAACAAAGAAACUGACGGAUCCAGCAGCAAUAGAAGUGAGAACAGCUCAGAGAUCAACUUGGAUAUCUCAAGAACACCAGCUAUUGACAGUUCUCUAUCCACUCAGCAGAGCAACAACAAAACCUUCUUUCCAUCUUCUGCUAGACCAACAGGAGUGGCUCAACUUUUCCAAACCACUUCAAGGCCAGAGAUUCAGUGCCAAAAGAUUGAUCACAUGGUCAAAGAAGAGAGCUUAAGCAACAUGUUUUGUGGCAUUGAUGAUCAAUCUGGCCUUUGGCCUUGGUUGGAGCAGCAACAUUUCAAUUGAUCAUCAUGCAAAA